GCGGGGCCAACAGCGUUGGAGAAAAAGGCGCGAACGCGGGUGGCGGCUGGAACAACAAAUCGGUCGCGGGAUGGCAGCGGCCGGGCAGGCCCGGGAGCUCCUGGCCCACUUGGAUGAGGCGCUGGCUUUCGAGGGGCCGACCCGAGAGGAGCUGGAAGCGGAGCUGCCAGCCAAAGUCCUGGUGGAGCAUGCUGUGGACACACGGAAGAAGCAGAAGUGGAUGUGCAGCCAGCUCCAUGUGGUCAAAUUCCUGCUGGAAUUCUUGGACCAGAGGGACUCCGCCCCCUUUGACCAGAAGACCAAAGAGGCAGCCGUCCGGAGCGAGAUGGUGCAAGCCAAGCAGCAGUGGAAGGAGCUGAAGGCUGGCUACCAGCAGCGGGUGGAAGCCAUCGAGGGGGCAGUGCCCUGUGUGCUGGCCCAGCUGGAGAAGGGCCAGCACCUGGCGCAGCGGCUGAAGGAGGCUCUGGUGCAAUACGAGGCCCAGAGACAUGAGGCUGAGAAGAAGGCAAGGGACGCCCGGGAGAGACGGCAGAAGGAGCAGCAGCAGCUGGAGGAGCGGCAGCAGCAGCUGGAGGAGCAGGCGGCUUUGCUGCGGAGCCGGCUGGAGGCUCAGCGCCAGGAACUGCACCGGCUGCAGGGGGAGCUCCAGAGCCAGGAGUGUGUUGCCAGCGGCUGGAGGGAGAAGGUGGAGAGGAGCUCAGCCCUCUGCCAGCUCUUGGAGACCCUCCAGGGGGUCCGGCUGGUCUCUGCCUCUGCUGAUGAAAUCGACAUGGAGCUGACACCAAGCCCCCAGCCGACGACCCCUGACCUCCAGGCAGCGACCCCCGACCCCCAGCCGCUGAGGCUCACCUUGUGCUGGGCGGAGGAUGGGAGUGUCAGGGUGCGGAGCCACAGUCCCCUCUUCCCAGCCCCCGCGCCCUGCGCUGACGUCCGGGGCACCGUACUAGAGCUGCAGCACCGCUACCACCAGCUGGCCCCACUGCUGACUGAGAUCCAGGCCCUCCAGACCAGGUUCCCUAUCGACUGGCAGCCCCAGGAGCGCCGGCUCCGCUUCCUGCAGCCCUCCGCCGUCUGGACGCUGGCGGUGGAGCCGGGAUACCUGGGGAGUGGGGGCAUCCGACUGCUGGCGGUGCAAGGGCAGCAUGGCCCUGGGGACCCUGGGGCCUGGAAGCCCCCCCAGGAAACGCCAUCCCUGCGUGAGUGGCUGGAAUACCUGAGCACUCUGGACAUCUGAGCACCCCUCUGGGCCCCAGAGACCCUUGUGCGGGGGAGGCUGGGGGGGGUUAAGCUGCCCUGUAAUAAACACACCUUUGUAAAGUG